AUGAAUAACAACUCAACAUCAACAGUUCCCUUUCAAGGAGGUGAAUAUACUGGUCCUCUCAAUGAUCAAGGUCUUCCACAUGGUAAAGGUUCUCUCUAUUUUCCAUACACCAAACACAAAUACGAAGGUGAAUUUGUGAAUGGUCAAGCACAUGGUAAAGGUGUUGCGAGUGGUGUGUUGAGUCAAGAAAUGACUCUGAUCGUUAAUAAUGAAUUGAGAAAUGUGGGUGAUAAAUUUGUGUCAUGUUCUUCAAGUAAUAGUAGUGGUACAUCAUCAUCCUCUACGACAACUUCAUCCUCCUCUAAUUUAAUAGAUUCCAACAACAACAACAACACAUGGACUAAUCAAUGGAAAUAUGAUGGUCAAUGGAUGAAUGGUCAAAUGCAUGGACAAGGCGAGUUCACCUUUGCCAAUGGUGACAUGUAUAGUGGAGAAUGGAAAGAUGGUGUUGCAUGUGGUAAAGGUCUCUAUUCAUGGCAAAGUACAGGUGAUCGUUAUAUGGGUGAAUUUGUGAAUAUGAAAAGACACGGUGCAGGUACCAUGCUCUUUUCAAAUGGUCACAAAUACGAUGGUUUAUUCUAUAAUGAUUAUCGUCAUGGUCAUGGUAUUGAAACUUAUUCCAAUGGUAAUCGAUUUGAAGGUUAUUGGGUGAUGGAUAAGAGACAUGGUCCUGCAUUUGCCUAUGUCAAGUUUGAAAAUUUAGAUAAAAAGUUACAAAAGAAGAGAAAACAAGGAAUGAAAGGACAACCAACCAUUCCAAGCAGUCAAGUCACUAAUCAAGCCAAUUCCAAAACCUCUACCAUCUAUUUGAAUUUACAUUCCAUUGAUCAGUAUGUGGUCUAUUCUCAAGAAUAUCAUUUAGGAAGAUUAUUGAGUGAAAAGGAAUUGUUUCCUUGUGAUUAUGCUCCCUAUAUUUAUACAGGUGGUGUGAGUGGUGGUGGUUUGAAAGCCCCUACUGAAUUACUCACUCAAGACAUGGAUUCUGUAUUGGUUCAAAUCGAUGAAGAAAUUGAAACUCUUGUCAUGGAGAGUAAUAGUAGUGGUGGUUCUUCAAGUGGUGGUGGUGGUGGUUAUUCUUCAAGUGGUGGCAAUGGUUCUGUUCAUCAUCAUUCCAAUCAUCACACCCCAACCAUUACUAGUGAUACCAUUGUGAGUGAUGAUGAUGAUAAGAAUUCUUCUCCAACCAUUCAUACGAGUGGUGGUGAUGGUGGUAUGAGUAAUAAUACUACUACUACUAGUAGUAAUAUGAAUUCUCCUCCUACCGCCAUGACGACGAUCACUUCUUCACAAAUUCUCAACAAACUUGCCAAGAGAAAAUCUCAAUCUGCUACUUUGAAUCAACAAUCAUCAUCAUCACCACCCAUCCAUGGUCAUUUGAUUGGUACCAACUUGAUGACAUCACCUCCUUCACCUUCCAGUCAUAGUCAUUCGACACAAGUGUUGUCCUCAUCCUCUGCAUCCUCCACAUCCUCUCAAUCCAUUCUCACCACUGAUAAUGUCUUUGUUCAAGGUGUUGUUUGUUGGGAAGAUAAAUAUUGGGACAUGAUUCAACAAUUAUUUGUUCAACAAUUCACUUCCAAAUGUGAAUAUAAUUACACAAAGAUAUUAUUGAAUACUCUUGAUCAAGUCACUACCUUGGAAGAGAGAAGACAACAACUCAUGGAACAUAUUGACAAGUGUGAAAAUGCCAAAUCUAAAACCAAAUGGGAAAUGAAACGUGUCAUUGUUGAAGAACUCCAUGCAGAAGCACCCAAUGAUUAUUCUGGUGUUGAUCUAUUUAUGGAUCGAUUGGAUGAAUUGAUGAGUGAGAUGAGAAUUGAAUUGAGUGAUAUUAUUGAAAUGAAGAAUUCUGCUUCUCAAGUGAGAGAUGAAAAGAAGAUUCAACUCACCAAACAACAACUCUCUGAAAUUGAAAAGAAAUUAUUUCGAUUGGAGAGUGCCUUGCAAACCGCUAAAAACACAGCUCAACCUUUUACCAAAAUCAAACUCUUUAUGCGUGAUCAAGUAUUGUAUCAACAAUUAUUAGAAGAAGUUGCCAUUCAUUUGCAACGUUUGAGAGUCUUAUUGAGACGUUUAAUGUUGAUUCGUUAUGAUGUUCAUAAUAUUAGUGUGAAUGUUGAUUCCAAUUCGACCACUGUGACUCUCAAUAAGGAACAAUUAGAGGCAAUGGCUGACAUUAAAUUGCAUGUACAAUUGGUACAGGGAUUGUUUGAGAGUAGUGUGAUGCGUUCACGUGCUGCUGCUGCUCUAGUUGGAGUUUCUGAAAAGAAUGCUCAAAAUUCUCUCACUUUGGAUACCAAUGCUGUGAUUGAUCAUGUAUUGAAGAGAACGAGACAAUUGAGUGAACAUAUUUUGUCUCAAUAA